AUGACACUUCCUACACUUCCAGAAGAACUUAAAUUCAUCAAUGGUUUCCUUCAAAGAGCUCAAGAAUUACGAAAUAGAGAGCCGGUUAUAGCUUAUUAUUGUAAUUUUUAUUCUGUAAAACUCGCUCUCGAAAAAGGAACAAAGAGUAAAGAGAGUAAAGCAUUUCUUGCCAGAUUAUUGGAUGUUCUUGAAGAGGAAAAAAAAGCACUUCACGACAAUGAGGCCGUUACAGAUAAUGUUGUUGGUGAAGCUUAUGUAGAGAAUUUUGGCAUAAAGGUUUUCAUGAAUGCAGAUAACGAAGACAGAGCAGGAAAAGCAACAAAGCUAGUGAUUUUAUUAGAUCAAUCAUAUUGCUUUGGUUUUCACGAAAAAAAAUUAAUUAUCAUCCUUCCUAAUAGAAAAACAGCUAAGAACUUUUUGGCGGCUGCUGUCUUUUUAGAACUUCUCAAAGUAUUUGGACCACUUAAUCCGGAAAUCGAAGAAAAAAUCAGAUACGCAAAAUGGAAAGCGACUGAUAUAGUAAAAGCGUUGAAAGAAGGUCAAAUACCGGUGCCUGGUCCUCCUGGUGGUGAACCGGCUUUACAACCACCACAAGAUUACACUGUUAAUCCAUCUGAUAACGUCCCUAGCAUUGACCAAUUUCCUUCGGCACCUUUGGCGGUUGACUCACCAUCAGAAUCUCAUAUGGAAGAAAAUGGUCGACAACCAAUACCCGGUAAUCCUCCUUCGCUUCCCCCAUCAAUACCUGGUUUUACUAAUGACUCCUUACGUCAUCAGCCACCUUCCUCAUUCCCUAGUAACCCUCCUCCACUUCCCCAAAAUUACGUCCAGCCUUAUAGUUCUCCAAUUUACCAACCAACGGCUCCAAAUUCAUUGCCCACUAAUCAACAGCAUGUUCACCCUUACACACAAUUCUUGCAUCAUCCAGCUGACGUCGAUCCUGGCACUGUAGCUACUGCCCAAAAAUAUUGCAAAUGGGCCAUUAGUGCGUUAAAUUAUAACGAUGUAAAAACUGCCGUCGAAAAUAUGCACAAGGCAUUAGCAAUGUUGGAACCUUAUAAUCACAAAUGA